AGCUUGAUCUUAUUUAUAAAGACACGGAUCCCAGCCAGCGCUCCCCUUUGCCUGUCCUUCGCCGCAGCGGCUGGCAGGAACUGAUGUCUGUCCGUUCUGUCUGUGUGGGUCUUGGGCUCUGGAGCCACCUGUCUGUCCUUUCUCAAGGGUGAACACUUUUCCCCAUGUCCCCAUUGUUCCUGCUGUCAGCCCUGUGUGCCCAGCCUGCCUGUGUGCCCAGCCGGGGUGUAAAUAGUUUGGUGCCUGUUCUCAGCACCGCAGCCAAGCUGCUGCUUCAGGCUGCAGUUUCUGCUCAUUCUACUGCAGCUGGGCAUUUGGGGACAUCUUGAGAGGACAAACCAGCGUCAGGUGUCCCAUCUGUCCUGCCAAGGGGGUGUUUGCUCCCACUCACCAGCACCUCGCGUGCCAGCAGCUGCCGAGCCCCCAGGGCAGCCCCCACCUUGAGUCUGCGUCUGCCAGGCCGAGGGCAGUGCCAGCAGCUCACCCGUCACCACGGCACGGGCAGCACAGGGUGGAGGGCACAGACCUCGCAUAGGCGUUGGCACUUUUUAAUUACUGUUUAAUAAAAUGACAGUUUAGCCUGAGCAGAUUGCAUGCCACCAGCCUCUGACUGCAGAGGCCCGUUGCUGCUGGAUCCGGGGCUGUGUCCCUCCGAGGUGCUUCUACAAAGGUAACCAGGAUGCUGUUUGUGGUGGCCAGGUUGCUGCCAUUACAGCUGUGGUAGUUGGGAUGCCAUUACAGUAACCGGCAUGCAGUUAUGGUAACCAGGAUGACACCAUUCCAGUAACUGGAAUGCUGUAACAGGCUGCCGUUACUGCCAGGGUAUCCAAUGGGUGUGGCCCGUGUAGAGGGCAGUUGCAGGGUCCCUGUGGCACCAGCUAUGGCAGUGCCAAACAGCCAGAGCUGCUCCCUGCAGGGGGAGAAGGUCCAGGAGAAGGGGAGUGCUGGCACAGGGCUGCGGGAGAGCUGUGGGCAGGGGCCCAGGGAGCACCCACGGUGCUGGGCCUCAGCCCACGGGGUGCUGCAGUGGAUCAUGGAGUCGCGGCUGAAGCGGCACGUGGAGUUGGAGCUGCAUCUUGCGGGCAGGGAGCAGGCAGCGAUCCGCCAAGAUGCCCUGUACCAACUCUUCCAGGAUGAGCAUCAGCAGCACCAGCAGGAGCUGAGCCGGCUGGGGAAAGCCCUCUACGUGGAGCGGCUCUGAGUACUCAGCCCAGCGCAGCACUGGCCUGGCAUCCCCUGGCUUCUGGCUGGGAAUAAAACAUGUUGAGCAAAA